AAUUAAAAAAAUCAGCCCCCUUUUUUUCCGUUCCCAAAAUUUUGAACUCCAAAGAGUUCAAAUCCGAUAUCAGAAAAAAAAAUUCAUACUAAAAUCGGAAAGCGCAGGUGAAAACUUUACUGGCAACACUGUCGGUUCUUCACCUCACAUCUCGAAUCCUUCUUCAACGGCUUCUGUCGGUUUGCUUCAGUUCAAAGAUUUCCUUUUUUGGUGUUUUGUGCAUAUAUUUCUAUGUAAAUUUAGGUGAUAUAUUGGCUCAGUAUUAUGUCGCUGUUAAGCAGAUUUUUCUAUAGAAGGCCCCCAGAUGGGUUGCUGGAACUUGAUGAUAGAGUAUAUGUUUUUGAUUCUUGUUUUUCGACUGAAGUACUGCCUGAGGGAAUUUAUCAGCUUUACUUGCACGAAAUCAUAAAUGAACUACAUGAGGAAUUUCCAGAUUCCUCCUUUCUUGCUUUCAAUUUCAGAGAAGGCGAGAAAAGGAGCCAGUUUGCAGAGAUUUUAUGCGAGUAUGAUGUAACUGUAAUGGAUUACCCAAGGCAAUAUGAAGGCUGUCCUGUACUGCCAUUGUCUUUGAUACACCAUUUUCUAUGUAUCUGUGAGAGUUGGCUUUCUCUUCAAAAUCAUAACAAUGUAAUUUUGUUACACUGCGAGAGAGGUGGUUGGCCCCUUCUAGCCUUCAUUUUGGCCAGUUUCUUGGUUUUCAGAAAGUUACAAAGUGGAGAGAGAAAAACUCUCGAGAUGGUUUAUCGUGAGGCACCUAAAGGCUUAUCGCAAUUGUUGUCACCUUUGAACCCAUUCCCUUCUCAGCUUCGUUACCUGCAAUAUAUAUCAAGAAGAAAUAUAUCUCCCGAGUGGCCUCCUCCUGAACAAGCUCUUUCUUUGGAUUGCCUCAUUCUUCGUUCCAUUCCAAGAUUUGACAAUCAAAAAGGGUGUAGGCCAAUUGUGCGCAUUUUUGGAAGGAACCUUCUCAGCAAGGAUGGAUUGUCAACUCAUAUGUUGUACUCCAUGCCGAAGAAAGGUAGAAGCCUUCGACAUUAUCGCCAGAAGGACAGUGAUGUCAUCAAGAUUGAUAUUCAGUGUUUGGUGCAAGGAGAUGUAGUUUUGGAGUGUGUCCACUUAGACCUGGAUCCUGAAAGGGAAGUCAUGAUGUUCCGUAUUGUGUUUAACACCGCUUUUAUUCGGUCUAACAUUUUGAUGUUAAACUGCGAUAACCUGGAUAUUCUAUGGGAUUCAAAGGCACGCUAUCCAAAAGGUUUUCGAGCUGAGGUUUUAUUUGGUGAUGUUGAGAGCAUAUCUCCACUAAAAGCUCCCACUGCAGCUCUAAAUGGUGAGGAGACUGGUGGACUUCCUAUUGAAGCCUUUUCAAGGGUACAAGAACUUUUUAGUGGUGCUGAUUGGGUUGAUACUGGUGAUGAUGCUGCGUUGUGGUUGUUUAAACAGCUAUCGGUGCUGAAUGAUAUGAAAGAUUUGUCAAUUUUGCAAAGUAGGAUGAGUGGGUAUUCGUCCCCAUUUGAUUCUGAAGAAGAAAAUAAUGCAUCGAGCAUUGCUGACAGUUUGGAUUUUCUGGACUCAGAGAAAGCUAGUAGUCUUACUUAUGCUAAUACAACAGAUGUCAAUUUUUUAGAUGAACAGGAUUCAGCUUCUGAUGGAACUUCUGAUCCCAAGAUUUCUGAGGGUCAAAUGAAGCUUUCAAAGUCAGAUAUUGGUCCUGUUCAGUCUCUUUCUGAAAGUAACUGUCAAUUGGAUACUGCCAUUGCUCCUGAACAUUUAAAGGGAGUUCGAGUUUGCGAUACAAGGACUUCCUCUACUUCUCUGCUACCUUCACCACCUCCGUCACCUGCCCCUGUGAUUUCUAGUAUAAAAGUCACUCAAUCAUCAGCUCCAUCUCCCCCUUCACCACCCUCUCUGUUUGGUUCUCCUAGCAAGGAGGUCUCAUUACCUCCUCCGCCUCCUCCACCACCACCACCUCCUCCUAUAAUUGGUGGCCCUUCUUCUGUCCCACGUACUCCUCCGCUUCCACCACUUGCAAGUUCUAAUAGAUCACCUCCACCUCCACCUCCACCACCACCACCACCACCACCUUCAAUUGGUAGCCAUAGAGAACAUUCACCGCCAAGACAACCUACUUCUUCAGCUUCCCCUGAUAGCUUUUCUAGAGGACCUCCGCCACCUCCACCACCUCCACCACUUCCUAAUAAGAGCUUUUUAUGCUCUUCUGCUCCUCCACAUCCACCUCCUGUCCCUACGUUUUCUACUUCUAGAAGUGCCUUGCCUCCACCUCCACCACCUCCUCCUCCUCGGGGGCCAUCUAACUGUAAUUUAUCAGCUCCUCCUCCACCCCCUCCCCCACCCCCUCCCCCUUUCAUGUCAUCUAAGUGUUCACCCUUGCCUUGUGUAACUCCCCUGCCUCCCCCACCUCCCCCGCCUACCCCUUCAGCCCUUUUCAAAGGCCCUCCACCUCCCGCACCACCUCCACCUCCGUCCUCUACUUCAAAUAGGCAAACUCCGUUGGCACCUCCACCGCCACCGCCUCCACCUCCAUCCUCUACGUCAAAAAGUCCAACUUCGCUGGCACCUCCACCGCCACCACCUCCACCUCCAUCCUCUACGUCAAAUAGGCCAACUCUGUUGGCACCUCCACCGCCACCGCCUCCACCUCCAUCUUCUUCAUCAAAUAGGCCAGCUCCAUUGGCACCGCCACCGCCACCACCUCCACCGUCAAGCAAUUCUACAAGGCCACCUGCACCUCCUCCACCUCCUUUGGGAGUUCCUAGGCAAGGUUCCACUCCACCAGCACCUCCACCAGCACCAAAGGCUCCUAAUGCUCCACCACCCCCUAGGCGGGGUUUGACACCCACUCCACCUCCCCCGCCUGGUGGAAAGGGCCUUAAUGUGCCAGCGCCACCACCUCCAUCUACUGGACGUGUACGAGCCUCUGUAGGUUCAACUGCUCUAGGGAAAGGGCGAGGUAUAGGAGGUACUUCAAUUCCUUCUAAAAAAGCUUCAUUGAAGCCCUUACAUUGGUCAAAAGUUACACGGGCUAUGCAAGGGAGUUUAUGGGCUGAUACGCAAAACAAGGAAAAUACUUCCAGAGCACCUGAAAUUGAUAUUACGGAGCUUGAAAAUUUGUUUUCAGUGGCUUCAGCUACUGAUGGCACUAGCAAAGGUGGAGGCCGACAUGGUUCAAAAAUCAACAAACCAGAAAAAGUGCAAUUGAUUGAUUUGCGCAGGGCAUACAACUGUGAAAUCAUGCUUACAAAAAUCAAGAUUCCCCUGCCUGAUAUGCUUAAUGCUAUUUUGGCUUUGGAUUCAUCAGCUCUGGACAUUGAUCAGGUUGAAAAUCUGAUAAAAUUUUGCCCAACAAAAGAAGAAAUGGAGACACUGAGGAACUAUAAUGGGGACAAGGGGAUGCUUGGAAAGUGUGAGCAGUUUUUCCUGGAGCUGAUGAAGGUCCCACGAGUUGAGUCCAAGUUACGAGUGUUUUCAUUUACUAUCACUUUCUCUAAUCAGGUGAAAGACUUGAGAAGUAACCUGAGUACAAUUAAUGAUGCUACUAGAGAGGUGAAAGAAUCUGCCAAAUUACGUCAGAUAAUGCAGACCAUUCUAACAUUGGGAAAUGCACUGAAUCAGGGUACAGCACGAGGAUCUGCUGUAGGGUUCAAGUUGGACAGUCUUCUUAAGCUUUCUGACACUCGUGCUAGAAACAACAAAAUGACCUUGAUGCAUUAUCUGUGCAAGCUCCUUGCUGAGAAAAUGCCAGAGUUGCUUGAUUUUGACAAGGAUCUUCUUCACUUGGAAGCUGCUUCUAAGAUUCAACUGAAGUCUUUGGCUGAAGAAAUGCAAGCAGUGAGUAAAGGUCUUGAGAAAGUUGAACAAGAACUUACUGCAUCCGACAAUGAUGGUACAAUAUCUUCGGGAUUUCAGAAGGUGUUAAAGAAUUUCCUUGAUACUGCUGAGGCUGAAGUCAAGUCUCUCACUACUCUUUAUAUUGAAGUGGGAAGGAGUGCAGACUCCCUAUCCCUAUAUUUUGGCGAGGAUCCAGCUCGAUGCCCCUUUGAGCAAGUGACACAGAUUUUGGUGGUGUUCAUGAAGAUGUUUAAAAAAUCACGUGAUGAGAAUGAACAAGCAGCUGACGCUGAAAAGAAGAAACUGGAGAAGGAAGCUUUGAAGGAACAAGUGGCUGCUAGUUCUUCUGGGAAGAAAGGAGUUGGUGAUGCUGAUAGAGUAAAACUGAAUUUUUUAAAUCAGUUACAUGCUGUGUGAUCAGUUCAAAUUGACCGACGCUUAUAGUACUCCAUAAACUGCCAGAAUCAGUCAAACUUUCUUGAUGAUAGCAGUUCUGCUUAUAUGCCACUGUACUUGGGUGUACGAUUUAGGUUUUAUAGUUAGUUAUAUCUGUACAUAAUUACCAUAGUUAAAUUGGCAUUAUUUUUUUGCCUUUUAGAAUCGCGCACAAUUGCCAUUGUUACUACAUUUUUGUAUCUGAAUGUGGUAAAAAUUGAGACCUUAAGCAUAGAAAGGGUUUCCAAGUUGUACAUAUUGAAGUUCCAUAUUGUA